CUGUGACUGAGAAAAAAAUAUUUUUUGCAAAUAUGGCACAGAUUGAUGCCCAAAUCAAACAGCCAAACGGUUCGGUUGAAGCCAUAUUGGAUCUGAGUAAUAAAGAUGAAAAAUCCCAAAAAGAAAUUCAAACUAUUACCGAUCGUAUGGAAAAACAAAAUCUAAAUGAUCAUAAUGAUGAUAAUGUUGAAAAUUCAAAUAAAACUCCGACGGAAUCAUCAUCUAAUGAAUCAUUUGUCCAAUUGUUCAAAAUGUUUGCCAAAUUUGGUGAUUGUAAAUCAACUGGCGAAACGAUUACAUUAUCCAACAGUGAUAAAUGGUUUAAACAGGCCAAAAUUAUUGAUCCAUCAAAUCGAACAAUUACGACCACCGAUACUGGAAUCUAUUUCAAACAGGUUUCCAAAACCAAGAAGACAUUGAAUUUCAAAGAAUAUAAUUUAUUUUUGGAAAAAUUGGCUACCGUCAAAAAAAUUGAUUUAGCAGAAUUAAAGAACAAACUUCAACAAAGUGGACCACCAGCUACAAAUAAAACAACUACCGCUGUAACUAGUGGUGCAAUCGGUCGACUAACUGAUCAUACCAAAUAUACUGGUUCACAUAAACAACGAUUUGAUGAAUCGGGCAAAGGACGUGGAAAAGCUGGUCGUGUAGACAUAACUCCCAAUACUGGCUAUGUAUCUGGAUUCAAAUCGACUACUUGAAAACAAUGACUGGAUGAAUUUUUUUUCCUUAUGAUUAUUUUCUUUUUAAUCCUUAUCCGUAUAGUUUAUUGCGAUUAUUUGUAUUUGGUUUAAAUGAUAUGAUAUAAUUUAUGUCAGAUCUAAUAUGCAUCAUAUAUCAAUAUAAAAAUGUUAACUUUAUUCAUAUUCACAAUAACAGAUAUGAAAACGCCCAUUUUUAUCCUUAUGUAUCAUUAUACAAAUAAUAAUAAUAUUAAACAGAAUGAUUUUAAUGUUUAAAA